AUCAUAGACGUCGCAGGCUAGAGCGGAUCCCGCAGCGUGAUCGUUGUCGGGGGAGAGAGACGGCUCCUUUCCUCCUCUCUCCCGGCCAAGAUGGCGCAGCAGGUGAACAUCUCGGAGCUCUCGCUGCCGCAGCUGGAGGUGUUAAAGAACCAACUGGACCAGGAAGUGGAGUUCCUUUCCUCAUCCAUUGCACAGUUUAAGGUGGUACAAACAAAGUACGUGGAAGCAAAGGAUUGUCUGUCCGUACUGAACAAAAGCAAUGAAGGUAAAGAACUACUCGUCCCACUCUCCAGCUCUAUGUACGUCCCUGGGAAGCUCUCAGACGUUGGCCAUGUGCUGAUAGAUGUAGGAACAGGUUACUACGUAGAAAAGUCAGUGGAUGACGCCAGAGAAUUCUUCAAGAGGAAGAUUGAUUUCCUGACAAAACAGAUGGAGAAGAUCCAACCAGCACUUCAAGAAAAGCAUGCAAUGAAGCAAGCGGUGAUGGAGAUGAUGAGUCAGAAGAUUCAGCAGCUAACAGCAGCAGGGGCAUCCCAGGCAGUGGCAACAAAGGCCUAGCAAGCACCAGCCGCUCAUGUGCCCUUGUGCUCUUAUGGUUCAGCAUUUUGUGACUGAACACCACAAUGUUGUACUUCAGGGUAUAGCUCUCCUGCCAGCCAUGCAUUUGCGGGGAGGAAGGGUGUCCCUAGUUUAAAUACACAGGGGAUUCUAAUACAGUGGGAGCUUUUCUGGGUGUGAUAGCAUCACCAGGAACCCUGUCCAUUUAAGGCAGUGGGCUUUCAGUAGGCCUGUGGCUGAGUAUUUGUAUUGCUGGUUGUCAUGUGGGAUUGUCUAUAACUUUAAACCCCAGUGAAAACUUCUGUCACUUGUAAAUGGAACUGUACAAAAUAAACAAGUAGGAUUACAAAAUAA